CUGUGGUGCUUUGUUGUAAAAGGCAGUCUGGCUUUUGUUACUGAUGUCCCAAGUGAUUGGUCUUGCACCCUGGCUCGUGGGAAUACAUAGUACCCCUGGCUCUUGUGGCUCUCUGGGACAUGCUGUCCCCAGUGACUCCAGUGACUCUCCCUGCCUGGUGGAUCCCUGGGGCAGGAAGGCAGGAGCCAGGAGUUUGGGCCGGGUUUUUGGUGGCUCCUGGAGGGGAGAAUGAGCACCCGGUGACAGGCCUGCUCUGGAGAAGGGAGCGGUCAGAAAAGGACCCUGCAUACGAAGGCUCAAGAAGAAUCUUUCAUCUCAUCCUGUUCUGUAGGACAUUUCACCAUGGCCAGAAUGUUGGCUUUCAUCUCCAUGCUUGGCGUAAGCUGCCUGCGGCACCUAAAGGCAUUAUGUCUGUAUCCUGCAUAGGAAGAAGGAGUGAGAAACCUGGAAAUGAGCCCGAAGAGGUGAAGCUGCAGAAAGCCAGCAAACAGAUUGUGCAGAAUGUCAUCCUGCAAGCGGUGCAGCAAGUCUCCCAGGAGAGCCAGCAGAGGGAAGGCAGACGGGGCGCCAAGGAGGGCAGCUUCCGGCUGGGCGUGGGGGAACUAACCAAGAAGCACGAAAAGAAGUAACACAGUGGAUCUGGCUCUAGUCAUCUGCUUGGUUACCAGCCUUCCUCUUAGCAUAGGAUGCGUUGCCAAAAUGUUGCCAGUAAAGCAAACCAAAGUGUCAUGGGCACCUAGCAGUAGAAUGAAUCCACGUUGUCCUUGGCUGAGAAGCACUGUUUUGCAAAAGUGCAUUAGACGAUUCUGUUUAUGUUAAGGCAGUGCCUCGGAAACAUGGCGGGGGGGGGGGGGACUACAACACUGUAACUGCAAAAGUAGUUUUGCAACCCGUUUUAUUUUUAAGGUUCUUUUUAUCUAAAAUUCUGUCUUGUUUAUUUACUUUUGCCUUUGAUGCACUUUCUGUGAAUUUAACCAGCAAUCCUUUUUGCUGAAAGACUGAGGGCAGUACUGUGUCCUUUAUACUGUGUUAAAAAGACACGCGGCGAAAGUGAAGGGAUGGAGCUUGUCACCCUCAAAUACGGAAUUAAAGACUUCCCUGGGUUCAGGUCUGAGGACAAACCGAGCAAAGGCGAAAUCUAAGGCUUAGUCCCUCAGGAUCUUACAAGGCAUAUAUUUAUAUUACUUUUUAAAAAGGAGGAGUUUAACUUUUUAAGAACUCAGGUUUUUGGUCUCAAUUCUCUCAAGUUUGCUCUCUGGGCAGAAAUCCUUGAAAACAGAGAUUUCCUUUCCAUGUCAAAUUAAAGUAAGACAAGUGAUAGAUCUAGACGCAUGAGUUUCAAUGACUCUGUGUUUUAGCAGCCCCACGACGAGCAACUAGAACUAGAGAUACACUGGGGAUACACCAGGGUCUGAUUAUGGGGUGCAGUGUCCUUGGAAGGGCUGUGGGGCUUUAUCAAUCCUUCGUCGUCAUCAGGCUGUGCACUCCCAAUAGUACCUUACUAGUGGGAGCUUUCCUUUCCCUCCACAAAUGAGAAUUAUAUCUUUGAGAUUAUGAAAAUCAUGCAUAUGAGAAAUAAAUAACACUGCAAAUGGGAAAACCACUUUUCACCUCUCUGAAGCAUGACAAUCCAGGGGGAACAACACAGUGACUGUUUUGGACCAUGCAGUAUAGAGAGAUGUGUGUGUAUGCAAGACGCCAUCUUCACGGCCAUCGUGUGACGUCCGUCCAUUCCCAUGUGGCUCUUGCACAUCUUCCUGAAGUCACGAGAACCCCAUAGUCUGGGUUUCACAACAGUUAUUGAGUUGGUGUCCUCUCUGAGGACAGAAAGAGAAUUUGACCUUUGGUAAAAACCCUUCGGCUUCAAAAUAUCAGUGUCUAUGUUUGUUUUUUUUAAAAGCCAGUAUUAGCAUAUGUGGUAUGGCUGAUAUUAUGAUAUACUUAGAGAAUUCCAGUAUGUCACAUUUUCCAGAAUGGAUUCUAUAGAUGGAUGAACACAAUCUCUUAUCAACUUUGCUGAACUAUCUCAUAUGAUGUGCAGAUGGAAUAAAUAAAUUCACAGGACGAAUGGCUAUGAGAAGGAGCAGAGGGGGUUAAAUAUUAGAUUUCAGAAAUAUUUUUUUAUGUCAUGAACUCAUGACAACUGAAGAAUGAGUUAAAGUUGAUCUGAAGUCAUAUAAUUGAUAUAUAAUUGUAUAGGGGAGUUAAUGGGAAUGAAGGUAUUGUUGGAAAUUAUUCAGAAGGAUCUAUAAUAAAAAAAAAUAAACCCAAUGCUUGUAGUUUGCAAGUGAUCUGACACCAUGUCUCCUGAGAUGUCUGGGUAUAACUGGCCCCGGGCCUUGUGUCAUAUCGCGUGACAGAAACAGAAAUGCUCCAUCUUUCCUCUGGUGUGUCCACUGGGGAUCCUUGAGGACAUUUGAUUAACUUCUGUAGCUAAACUUAUUUGUAAAUAAAAUAUAUCCAGCUUUGAA